AUGCCAGCGGGCUCCCUGGAGGCAGAGAGCAGGAGAUUAAAGGAACCACACUUCUGCCUUCCCAGGUUCCACGGUGAGGGGUAUCAGGAGGGAUAUGCUGAAGGCAGCCACAUUGGGAUUGCUGAGGGAAGGAGGUACGGGUCGCUGCACGGUGCCAAGAUCGGGUCGGAGAUUGGCUGCUACCUUGGGUUUGCACUGACGUGGCGCUGCCUGCUCCAGAAAUGCACAGAUGAAAAGAGCAGCAAAAAGAUAAAGGCUCUGGAGUCAUUAAUAGGGAUGAUUCAGAAAUUCCCAUACGAAGACCCCACUUAUGAUAAGCUGCAGGAAGAUCUGGAAAAAAUCAGAGGAAAAUUUAAACAGGUUUGUUCAAUGCUAAAUAUUCAGUCUGAUUUUAGAACUGGCACUGAAAGAUCUUCACUAACGUUUUGAAUACAACAGAUGAAGAUAAAUGUGGGUGACCAAAGAAAAAGCAUUAAAAGAACAGAACUGGAAAAGUGUUUAUCUACUUUUUAUUUAAAAAAAAAAAUCAUCAAAACAGUGAAGAGGUGCUAAAUAUGAAAGGGUAAGGGGAAAAACAUUGGACUUGCAAUAUGUCAUUUAAUAUUUGUUAUCUCCAAUUUUUAUUUAGGGUCACUGAAACAGGAGUGUGUAAACCUGUUAAAUAGAAAUAUUUGCUUUAGUUCCUCAGAAGGAAAACACUUGCAUUUGCAAAGUUUCCUUAUUUAAAGGAUGUAUUAUGUUGCUUAAAAAUCUGUGUAUGCGGAUUAUUGAGUUUACACAAUGUGUAGAUGCUGUAGGUGAAGUAAAAUUAUAAUCAAUUCCCAGGAAACAUUUUUGUGGGUGAAGGAUAAAAUGACAAACGAAGUCAGAAAGCGAAGGAGGAAGAAAAAGAUCCCUGCCCAUGAGGAGCUGUGAUUGUAAUUUAAUGUAUUUAUUAGUACCUUUUGUCACAGAGUGGCUUUUUAUUUUCCAGCCUCGAAAAUGAACCCUUUAGUCUCGUUCCAGUAAAUAGAUGCUGUGAGCUAAAUGUGUUUAAACUGUGUUAGUUGAAGAGAAAUAGAGUCAAUUGUUGUACCUGAAAGAUACUCUAAAGACCCUUUUUUUGUUUGUUUAGUUGUUUUAAACAUCUCUGAUACACACAGGGGGUGGCAGGGCCAUCUAGUGGGGGAGGGAGUUGUGUGGAAAACAGAUUAUAAGAGUUCACAAAUAUAUAUAUAUAUAUAUGAAAUUGUUGGACAGUAUAGAACACAGGCACUCAUGGUACAGCUCUCCUAAUUACGUGGUGAAUUUCUUUGAAAUUCAGUGGCAUUAAGGUAGAGUUCAUUUGUUGCUUGUUUCCUCAUUUGAGACCUUGACAGGGCAGUUUAAAGUACAGUUGGCUUUUAAUUUUUAAGCAGCCAAGCCACUGGCAACCAGAACAAGCACCAAACUGCAAGCACCCGAAAACAGAAGCAAAAUAAAAUAAUCUUGAUAAAGAAGUGGGCACAAACCAAAAAGAUAACAUUACUAGAGAAGACAGAGCUAAUUUGACUUUAUAAUCACUCAGAGAAAUCUAGAUUUGAAAAAGUUGUCUCUGCACCCACAAAUGAGUUUAUUUUUACAAAGUGAAGUAUUAUGUUUACUUCAAAUUAAUGAAAGGUGCCUCUUAUUCAUCAUCUGUGAUUAACUUUACCUUUUUUAGACCAAGAUCCAGGGGGACUCAAAACAUAAUUUGUGGUUUUCAGCAAAGGUAUUUUGAGUCAGUUUUACUCUGAAUGAUAGUACAGAGAGAAGUGAAACUAAAUGUUAAUGUUCUUGAAUGCAGCCUUUUUUUGGAACCACUGUACUUGGUUUGCAAAAAUACGUGUAAAGGCAAGGGAGAGGUUGUGAGGGGGUCAAAGUGUCUCUGAAGCAUUUGGUUACUGGAAGUGUUUGGUGCCUCAGUGACAUGCAAAGUGCUGCUCCAGAGAUGGUAUCGAACAAAAUUGUUCUUGCUCAACUCAGGAG